AUGGAAGAAGAACCUCUUACCCCAAUCGUGGGUGAACAUCCACGCAUUUCCCUUACACAGAGUUCUGCUGUGAGGGAUUCGGUCAUUACCUACAGUACUGAUAUUGCAGGUAGCAGUAUUGGAGAAACUCGAACAAAUACGUUUUCGAGCAAGCCAAUGACAGAAAGCUCUCCACGCUUCUAUCGCCAGAAGCGUUUCUGGACUAUAUGCGUUGCUGUGACUAUAGUGCUUUUGGCCAUAUUUAUUCCUUUAUUUAUCCUCGUCAUUUUUCCCGCAAUCGCUCAAUCUGCAAUUGACGGUUCUACAUUAAAUAUUAAUAGUAUAAACCUCACAGAUAUUCAAGAAGAUAGUGUAACAAUAGCUUCUAGUGGCAAUGUUACCAAUGCUGGUCCUUUUUCGUCUACAAUAUCUUUCGAUGAACCAGUAUCUAUGAUUUAUAAUGGUAUAGAGAUGGCUCGACUUAAUUUUGACUCUAUUUCAACUAAUAAUGGUCAUGCAGAUAUUAUAUUAGAUGCGAGAAAAUUAACAAUUAUAGACCAAGAUGCAUUUAGCAAUUUUUCACUGGAUGCCUUCUUACAGGACAGUAUAAAAAUGACUUUAAAAGGUUCUGCUCGUGUAAAAUCUAUUGGUAUAACAAGAGGCAGUUUAAACUUACGUAAGGAAGUCACACUGAGAGGUGCUAGCAAUUUCCCUAAUGUCAGCAUAACGUCAUUAAAUAUCAACCAGGAUCCUCAGAAUCCUCAAAACAUAAUAUUAGAACACACUGCCCAAUUAUAUAAUCCAUCUAUUUUUUAUAUAAAUAUGGGCAAAUUUGGUGCAGAUAUUCUUUAUAACAAUUCUCACAUUGCAAGUAUGGUGAUUAUGAAUUUCACAUUAGAGCCCGGUAUGAACAAUAUUAGCAUGAUUGGUAAUGCAACUAUGCCAAAUUCUCCUCAGGAUCUUGUUAAUUUAGGUCAAGUUAUGCAAGCAUAUUUGACAAAUAAUCCAGUAACGACACAAGCGAAAGGUACAUAUGUAUAUCCAGAUGGUACAAAUUCUGUGGAAUGGCUUACAACAGUAAUCACUAAACUGCCAUUGAACGCUGUCGUUGGCAAUAAUCCUAGACUUGAAGUAAUUACAGGCUUAGAUCUUGGUCAACCUACUGUGAAUUUUAAUGGACAAUCAAGUUAUGCGCCUUUAUUCUCUGCUACAAAUGUUAAAGCCAGUUAUAUAUUACCUUUUCACAUUAAUACAACAAUAUUGCAAGUUUCACAAGACAUUACACUCCUCACUCAAGAUGGUCAAGAAUUUGCUAAUCAUUCUACCAGCAUCAUUACUGUGACUACCGAUAAUGGUACUGACAUUAUCAUUAAUAUUCCACCAACUCCGCUCAAUGUGAUUUCUGGCAACGAUAAUAUAUAUCAAACAUUUUUUGCAAAUUUAACAAAAAAUGAUCAGGGAUUGGUGUAUAUUAAAGGUUUAGCUAGUAUUGUAGCUAAUACAUCUUUGGGUCCCAUUCCAAUUAAUGGGAUUCCAUUCAAUGUUUCCACUACAUUACAAGGCUUUUCUAAUUUUGCCAAGACCGCUCCUACCAUUAACGAUGUAACAAUUCUUGAUGCUACUUCAAGUUCUAUGGUUCUUGGAAUUCAUGCUACUAUUUACAACCCUUCAAAUAUGUCAAUUGAGCUUGGCAAUACAAAUUUUAAGGUCCUCUACAAUGAUGCAGAAAUUGGUUUAGCUAGUACAAAUCUGUCAGUUGUCCCUGGCGCUAAUAAUGUUACUCUCCAGUCAACUAUGGAUCCAAACAAUUCACCCCAAGCUACUCAACUCCUUGCAAAUUUCAUGAACAAAAUUGAUUCUCUUGUUAUUGUCUCAGGUUAUGAUGGUUCAACUAGUUUUGAAAGUUUGAAACUUGCAUUUGAAGGUUUAAACAUGAAUACAACUUUAUCACCUUUGAAAAAUCCAUUGAUUAAUAAAUCUACCUUGCGUAUGCGUGAUAGUACACCAAGUGAUGGUAUAGCAACAGGAAUUGUGGAUAUGUCAAAUCCUUUCGUGGCUGGAUUUAAUAUUAUAUCUAUUGAGUCAACCAUUACUGCUGAUGAUGUUCAGCUUGCAAAAGUUUCUCAAUCAAAUCUUAAUAUUAAUAUUCCUGGAGGUAAAACAAUUACUACCGAUUUGCCAAUAUCACUUAACCUUGAUCCUCCUACACUAUUUGGUCUUUUACAUCAAGAAGCAAAAGCAAAAAAGCAGAAUACCGACGUAAUUGAUAGCUUGAUGUCUAUAGGUAACAUUAAUGCUCCAGGGGUACCUCAAGUAGAUCCUUCAAACAUUGAUCCAGACAUUUUCGAUAACUUUGAUAUUGUCAAAUUCACCAAAUCUGCUAUGGAUAAUAUGAGCACAAACAUGUCAAAUGUAGUUACUGUCAUAAUUGUUGGUAAAUCUGGUAACUACCAAUUAAACUCGUUGCCUAUGACUCAAAUCGUUAACAACAACGUGGAUGAUAGUAUUAAAAUCUUAAUUAGGCAUCUUUCUGUACCAAUUGCUACAGCAAUGGUAGCUGCAUCAAAUACUGCUUUCACCGCUGUUAAAAUUCAAAACCCAGGUGAAUCCGAAUUUACUUCUAUAAUUAGUGGAGGAAUUGUUGCUUCUGUACCACUUAGUGCAAAAAUUACUACUCCAAAUGGAUUGUCUGUAACCUUUAAUGAUAAAACACUUGGUAAUGUUAACUUUCCAUCAAUCGACAUUGUCCGAGGAAAAGCGGAACUCAAAAGUUUAAAAUCCCAAUUUAAGAUUGAAGACAAAGACGCUUUAGCAGACUUUACUCAACAAUUCUUAAAUGCAGAUACAAUCUCAUGGUCAAUUACUUCACCAAGUAUCACCGUUUUUGCAAUGAAACUUGACAUACCUGGAGUUUCAUUUAAUCAAAAGAUUCAAUUAAAGGGUGCGAAUGGAUUCAAAAAUGCUAUUAAAAUUAAAGAAUUUAAACUUCCAGGAGAUGCACCUGAAGGUGGAAUUUUGACUACUAUUGAAGCUACACUUUCAAAUCCUGGUACAAUUGGUAUGGAAUUGGAUACCGCUCUCUUCGAUGUUUUCUCUGACACUACUAAGAUUGGUGAAGUUUCUGUUGAUGGUUUUGUCCUUCAACCAAAUGGUGAUUCAAAUCUUAAGUUAAAAGGUCGUUUAAUUCCUCAAUCUGGUGAUGGUUUGCAAGUUAUUCAAAAGAUAUUUAAUGAAUUUCUUGCGGAGCAGGAAAUUCCUCUUUUAACACAGGGGACAGGCACCAAACCUCCAAUCAGUUGGAUGUUAUCUGCAUUUAAAUCACUUAAAAUAUCCUCAGUUCUUCCAGCUCAACAUCAUCCACCUCUUAUUUCCGGUAUAAAUCUAGAUAAACUUAGUCUAACUUUUACACCAGACACUGCAUAUAAUCCUGACUCUUCUUCAGACAAAAUCACAGCUGAUGUACAAACACCUUUCGGCUUCACAUUGAGCAUUACAGAUGUUGCACAAAAAGUAGUUAUAGUUAAUGAUGGUGUUAAUAUGGCCGAACUUGACCUUCCUAAAACACCUACAUCUUCAAAAAUUAAAAAUCAGAAAGGAACUGUUUUGAUUUCAUAUAAACAUAUUCCGUUAAAAGUAUUUGAUGAUGCACACGAAAAUUUUGAUUCAUAUGUUAAAGAUUUAACCAUUAAGAAAUCAUUGAAGUUUGGUUUUGCUGGAUCUACCGACGCUUUCGUUUCAACACCUAUUGGACCUGUAACACUUAAUAACAUUAGUGUGAAAGUCGAAAGCAAAUUGCCUGGAUUUCAAGGUUUUAAUUCGAAAAAAUCAUCAGCAAAAGUUAUAGAUGUUUUAAAUAGCACAGAAGAUUCUCUUACUAUGCCAAUUAUUACAUCUAUAUUUAAUCCAACCGACAAUACAAUCAGUGUUGGUGAUGUAAAUUUCGGCUUUUCUUUUGAGAACCAAGUAUUAGGAAACGCUCUUAUUCCAAAACUAACUCUUGUUCCGGGAAUCAAUAAUGUCACUUCUAUUGUCACAUUCAAACCAACAACAAAUGCUGCUAAAAUAGCAAGUUUGAAAAUGCUUUCUAGCUUUGUCUCGAAUAAAACAGAAACAACCGUCAUUUUUGGAUCAGAAAAAUCAACAGAAGUAGAUACUAAGUUUCAUGAUAUCACCCUUGGAGUGAUUAAUUUCACAUCUCCAUUCCAAAUUCCCUUUAAAGGCAAGACUGUUACAAAAUCACCAAAGAUCCCCAUAACUCUUAAUCUCAACCCGAAGGAUCUUAUUAAGAUAAUUAAACUUGCAGCUAAAGAUGCAGCUGCACCUGCAUCACCAGAACCACUUAAAAAAUCCAAACCGCCUCCUAAAGGUAACGUUACUGAUCUUAUCUUACAAGUACUCAACAGUAUGAAAGUUGAUCUCUCUGUAGAACAAACGGGUACAAGUAUUGGUAAAUUUCCGGCCCCAAUAUCAAUGGAAUUAAAAAAAGUGCCCGUAAUGUUUGAUGACACAGCACUUAUAUUAAUGAGUGUAGUUGCCCCUCAAGUUGCACAAAAAAUUAUUGACCAUA